CGUUACCGGAUUCUGGCACAGGCUGGUAGCUUGACGACAGUGAGUAGCCUUCUAACUUUAGCCACGUUUGUUGUUUACGUCAUAUAUCUUGUUUACGUAACCGAUAAAGUCCUGGCUUUAAGGGGAGUUCUUGCAGGGACGGUGUGUCGGUAGUUUUCUGUAUUUGUCGCUAGAUGUAGAGUCUUUUAGAGCAAUUGCAGUUAGGUAUUAUUUCAAAAGAGUUGAAUAUUUAAAAUCCAGUUUAAUUGCUUUCAAAGCAUAGCUAUUGCAUAAGUCACAUUACUUGUAUUUUCUAACAGAGCUGCAGAGAGAGGAUAUAGAUAGUCCUUUCACAAACACAGCAUGUCUGUUAUUGAAGGAACUUGGGGAAUUCAACCAGGAAGUUGGCGGUUGUGUAUUCAGGGUUUAUUAACCUACCAGUCAAACAUCCUUGUUAUUAAAUAAAAAUAAUAUAUUUCUUUUAAUUCUAGAAGCCUAACAGUGCUUGUCUGCAUUUGCCUCCCCCUCUGAGCAUUUGGAUCAUCCCUUUCCGCUUAGUUCAAAGUGCUGAAGGCAAAGUGUGACAAAGAGAGGGCUUGCACAACCAGUCUUCUGUUGACAAAAAGAUACUGUGUACUGGAUGUCGUGCCGAAUAGGACAGGGGCAGAAAUGCUUCAGGGGAAUCUGACAAACAUCUGAUGUUCUUUGAUUUACCAUAAAAUUGAACUUUGGUGGAAUAAAACUGCUGGGCUAGUUUGGAUUUCAUUCAUCAGCACACAUGAGUGUGUCCAGGCUGCAGCAACUAAAGGGUCAUAUUUUUCCAGAAAAUAAGUCUUACUUGUUGUUCUGUAGAUCACAGCAAUGGCAACCCCUAGUCCUUUGAGCACCCAUGUGCUAAACACAGCGACGGGUGUCCCUGGCUCGAACAUGGCCCUCAGUCUCUAUCGACAAGACCCCACCACUAAAACCUGGAGUUUGCUGACCUCUGGGACCACUAAUGCUGAUGGACGCUGCCCUGGACUCAUUACAAAAGAAAUGUUUGUUGCUGGUCUGUAUAGAUUGCAUUUUGAAACGGCUCUGUACUGGGAGAGUAUUGGAGAGACCUGCUUUUAUCCGUAUGUUGAGAUUGUCUUCACUAUAACUGACCCAGGCCAAAAGUACCAUGUCGCUCUGCUGCUGAGUCGUUUCUCCUAUAGUACGUACAGAGGGAGCUAGAGAUCAAGUGUCAUCAACCUCCUGAGGCUACCUCCAGCUAUCAGCUGUCUAAUGGAUCACAGACAACUCCACCAAAAACAAUCAUCACAGCACCAGCUGAACUGUCACAGCUAUUGACAAGACACACUGCUCCAUUUGAAUGAUCAUUCUUUUUAUAUAAUGAUAUUAUCAAAAGCAUAACUAAACCAAAUAAUCAUAGUACCCAUGAUCACUGUAAAUAUUAGGCUGCCCUAGUAUUUUACACCUAUUUGCAAAAUGUUAUUGAAACGUACAAUAUUAUUAAUAAACUAAUAAAUAAGA